UUGUGCAUGUUUUGUUUUUUGUUUUUUUUUACUAAGUCGACAACGACGACGACAUUUUUAUCGUCAUGUCCACGAUGGCAACAAUACCAUUAUCAAUAUCAUUAGAUUCGAUGGCGACAAAUUCAAACAAUUUAACGUCAACAACAACGUCGUCAUCAUCAUCAUCAUCAUCGAAUCGUGGUAAAUGGUCAGCAGCAACAAUUGGUACAAUUAUUAGUGCACCAAUACGUGGUUAUUAUUAUCCUGGAAGAGUGAAAGCAAUUAAGAAAACAUUACCACCGACGCCAACUACUACACCUACUACUACUACUACUACUACCAAUACUACCAAUACUUCUAAUUCAAUGCUGCCAAAAGAUUUAUCACCAUCAUCAUCUGAUAAUCAUGCCAAUAAUCAACAACAACAACAACAAUUGACAACAAAUAAUGCCAACAACAACAACAAUAAUAAUGGUCAAUUAAUAUAUUCAAUACAAUUUACAAAUCCAUUAGAUUCAUAUACAUUUGAUUGGAUGGAUGAAUUAGGUAAUGGUAAUGGUAAUGAUCAACAACCAAAUGAUAAUCAAUCCACCGCCAACAAUACCAACACCACAACAGUUACAACAGCAAAAGAUCAAGGUCUUAUAUUAGAUUAUACUGCCGAUCAAUUAAUUGGACGUGGUUUUGAACCAAUAACACGUGCAUUAUUAAGUGAAAAUCAAAAAGUAUUCAUUACUUAUCGUAAUCGUGAAUGUUCGGCACAUGUUUUAAAACAUGAUACUGAUACAGAUGAUGUUACCUUGGUUAUUGAUCAACAACCACAAGAAAUUCGUAUUGUAAGAUUAAAUGAAAUACGUUUAUUACCAUCAAGAAAAUCAGCACGUAUUCAGGAACAUCCAGAUUAUAGUUUAUUAGCAUCGAAUGGUCGUCGAUCACCGGAUGAUAAUUUGGAAAUGAAUCAAUCAUCAAAAUCAUCAUCAACGAUGAAUAAAUCAAAACAAUCACGGCAACGAAAUCAAUCUGGUUCCAGUAUUUUAUUGACAAAUAACAGUAAUAAUGGUGAAAUUCAGAAUAAUGGUUUUCGUAUGAAUCAUCAUCAUCAUCAACAUCAACAAUCGGCUCAUAUUGAUGUACCACAACAACAAAAAUUGAAUCGUUUUGGUCAUUCAUUCAAUCAAAACAACAGCAACAACAUUGGUGCCAUGUAAGUUUUUGAAUUGUUCUUUUUUUUCAAUUAUAUAUCUUUAUAAUAUAAUGGUGGUUGGUUUUUUUUUGGUUGAUUUCGAUUUUGACCCUUGAACUUUUAAUCAUGUGAUUUUUGAUGAUUUUUUUAAAAAUCCUGUAAAACGGUAGAUAGAUUGCUCGAGUUUUUCAUUUUGAAUUAAAUUCGU